AUCCGAUACAAACCCUAACCGGAGGAUUGCGCCGGAGGAUUAAUCCGUCCGUUUCUUGUUUCCCCUUUGCUUUUUCCUUUUUCCCACGGCGUUUCUCGAUCCAAGCCCUAGCCUUAGAAAUUCCGCCUAGGGGCGGAGAGAAACGGCAGCGGGAGGGCCUCCGACGUUCGUCAUGGAGGACGAGAGGUUCCGCGAUCUUAGAGCCGUGGGGGACCGCCCUCCUCGGCCUUCUGCGUCGGCGCCCCAGAUCAUGGAGCGCUUCCAUGCCAUGCUCCGGGAGAGGCAGGAAGACCUGGUGGAGGUCACUGAAGAGGACUCGCCCUCGCAUCCCUCCGCAGAUGAUGCGGUGCGAUGCUACGAGGAUGUCCUGUCAGAACUCACCUUCAACUCGAAGCCCAUCAUCACGGAACUGACGGUGAUUGCCGGGCACAAAAUUCAGUUUGCCAAGGAGAUCGCCGACGUCAUUUGCGCUAGAGUUCUUGUGGUACCAGCGGAGCAAAAAUUACCUUCCUUGUACCUUAUUGAUAGUAUUGUGAAGAAUAUAGGUCGUGAUUACGUGAAAAUUUUUGCUACACGGCUUCCUAAGGUGUUUUGUGUUGCAUACAAGCAAGUUGAUCCUAGUCAGCAUCCUUCUAUGCGGCACCUGUUUGGGACCUGGUCACAAGUCUUCCCAUCUUCUGUACUUCAGAAAAUAGAGGAUGAGCUCCAGUUGUCUCCAUCCGACAGUCGAAGAACAUCAACAAUAAUAAGCAACAAGCCGUCAAAAUCCCUGUCACCUCGUCCCUCUCAUGGUAUUCAUGUAAAUCCAAAGUACUUGGAAGCACGACGACAACAAUCUGCUGGUGUACAACAAACAAGACUUCCUACUGGUAUACAAGUUUAUGGACAGAAACCCAUUGCACGUUCCAGUGAAUAUGAUUUUGAUCAACCUGAAAUGCCACUCCAGCACCUUGACAAAGAAGGGGAAACAAUUGCCCUUUUGAAGAAAAAAGCAACUAUUUCACCAUCUCCUCCAAGAGUUGGUCUGAAAAGGUCCAUAUCACCACCUGAUCUGAGAUCCCACAAUGGUACCUCCAAGGUGAUCAGUGGUAGGGCUUCGUCAUCCCAUUCUGGUGGGUAUGCACCAGGAGUCAAUGAUGCUAGUCGUUGGCUGGAUGGAAGUAGGCUACCGAAUGAAGAUCCUCGGCUUUACAAGUUAAAUAAUGGCUAUGUUAAACAGAAUCCUAGAGACUUGAUUGAUGCAUAUGGAAAUCCUAGAGGAAAAAUUUCUGUUCUUGAGAAGGCUUCAAAGGUUCAGCGUCUUGAUGUGAAUGGCAUAGCAAGUGAAGCAGCCACCAGAAAUUGGAAGAACACAGAUGAAGAGGAGUACGUUUGGGAGGACAUGAGUCCAACUUUAUCUGAUCGGAGGAGUAGCUUACCAAUGUUUGAACCUACUCCUGGAAGCUUUAGCAUGAGAACAGGGUUUUCAAGAUCUAAUCCUGCUAAAGCUUUAGCAUCGGAUUUUGCAAGGCGUACUUGGCCUGGUCAUGCCCAGCUGCCUCAGGCUGAUGAUCCCUCCUGUAAUGUUGAAGAUAGGAUUGCCCCCAUUGGAUCCCAACCUGGAUUAAUGAAAUCCUGGGAUGGUACAGUAAGUCAGAAGGACAUGCUGCCUCAUUAUCAGGAUUCUAACCGUAUUCAUGAUGGUGGGAAAUUGAGUUACAUUUUGCCACCGCUCACACAGCAGAACUUGAGCCCAAGAUCAUAUAACAAGGCUGCUGGAAUCCUUCCUCUUGCAACAAGGGGAAUGGCACCAGUGAGUGGUCAGAGACAUCUUAUUCCAAAUGACACUUUGCCUGAUAUCGAACUUCCAAUCCUGAGAUCAUCAGAUGUUCAACGGCCAUACUCACCUGCUUCAGCAGUCUUGCCUUCUGGUCAUAUAUCACAAUCACUUUCUUUGCUUCCUAUUUUGCAAAGUCAAACUUCAACCAGAAAUUCACUUGAUGUUCCAGAACCUAAUAGGCCAACACUGAUUCAAGGAUCCCAUUCAUUUGUGCCCCAACAACAAUAUGACCUAGCCACUGCUAAGGACUCAGAUCCAUUUAGGUUGCUUACUUUGCGUUACCAACCUCAUGGCGUGCCCUAUCCAAGUCAGCAAAGUAACGAAAAGGGUAUUCCUAUCCCCCUACAGUCUCAGGGGACCUACCUAAAUGUUCUUCCACCUGGGCAAGCCAAUGUUUCUUCUUACUCAGCUGGCCAGCCCUUGAAGUUGCUACCAGCACUAGGACAUGGGAUUCCUGAGGCUUCUGCUUUUCCAUCUUCUAAAGCAUAUAGUACAGCUGAUGCAUCUUUAGAUGCAAGGGGUGACCUACCACCUCUGCCUGCUGGACCACCUCCUGCUUCAUCUCAAAUGGGACCUACAUCUCAAAAUAUAAGUUCCUUGAUAUCAAGCUCUCCUGCUAGUUCAUUUUCAGGCCUUAUCAACAGUCUCAUGGCACAGGGGUUAAUAUCAUUGAAUUCAAAUUCUCAAUCUCAGGAUUCUUUGGGGGUUGAGUUUAAUCUGGAACUUAUGAAGGUGAGGCAUGAGUCUGCAAUCAAUUCCUUGUAUGGUGAUCUUCCAAGACAAUGCACAACUUGUGGCUUGCGUUUCAAGUGCCAAGAGGACCAUAGUAGCCACAUGGAUUGGCAUGUAACUAAAAAUCGGAUAUCAAGGAACCGUAAACAAAAGCCCUCUCGCAAAUGGUUUGUGAGUGCAAAAGAAUGGCUAAGUGGUGCAGAAAUACUGGGAAAUGAUGUUGUUCCUGGGUUUCUUCCCACCGAGUCAGUUGCAGAGCAGAAGGAAGACAAAGAGAUGGCAGUUCCUGCAGAUGAAGAUCAGAAUGUUUGUGCAUUAUGUGGGGAGCCUUUUGAGGAUUUCUACAGUGAUGAGACAGAGGAAUGGAUGUAUAAAGGGGCUAUGUAUUUGAAUACCCCAGAUGGAUAUACUGAAGGAUUAGAUAGGUCUCAACUGGGUCCUAUUGUCCAUGCUAAGUGCAGAUCUGAGUCCAAUGAAUCUGGACAAUCAUAAAGGGAAAACAACCUCUGUUACCAGCUCACAAGAUUGCAGCAGGAUAAUAUUUCGUUCUCUGCAAAAUCAGUCAGAGAACCAGGUUGACAUGGCACUGAAAACUUCAUUCUUUUUCCUCCCAAUGAUCAAGCCUGCCUACCAUGCUGUACAUGUAAAGUUAAACUCGUGUAACUUCUAGCCAUGUCUAAGAUGCAUCCUCUUCAUCUUUCUGAGCUUUUAGAAUUAGUAUUUAUGGAUGUUGAUCUCUAUUGGUAGGCAGCGCAAUGAGUGACAUGUUUAUUUCCAAGUUGAUUAUCUGCAUCGCUGGAUGCUAUCUCAGUUUCCUUUUCUACUAUCCACCUUUGCAGCGAGGUUAUGCAAUUUUUUUGUUCAGAGAGAGGAAAAACAAUUUUGGAGAGCCAGCCAGUAGCUUUGCAAGCCUUUGUUUCGAGCGAUGUUGAUAUUCAAAGGUGUUUAUGAUGUAUUAGCAUGAUGCAUGAUUGAUGCAGCGACGAAACUGCGCUUGUACCAUAUUAUAAUUCCAUCGUUUAUUUUUUAUUCUAGUGUACUCCGAUCUUAUGAAUUCAAUGUGGCACUGCUGCUAAAUUUAUUCAUUUGAAGUUCGUCA